UUUCCUGGUUUUCCUGGUUUUCCUGGUUGUCCUGGACGUCCUGGUUGUCCUGGACGACCUGGAUGUCCUGGUCCUGGAUGUCCUGGACGACCUGGACGACCUGGUUUUCCUGGUUUUCCUGGUUGUCCUGGAUGUCUUGGUUGUCCUGGAUGUCCUGGUUGUCCUGGACGACCUGCUUUCAUUGACAUUUGA